AUGCCUCACUCCACAACCUCUGGCUCUACGGUACAGACAUCUUCGGUCAAUCGGUCGCAGCAUUCACCAAGAGCGCACGGCGACAGCAUCAGCCUCUCUGCCAACGGCGGCAUGGAGAAGUUCCCGGAUCACAUCGAUUCCCACCUCACCAACGGUUCAAGGGCACCGAGCCCUGCAAAGACGAACGGCUAUGCGCUUCCAGGCGCGCCUACCGGCGGCGACCGCUGGCAGCCUCGAAAGGAGAGCCUGCAGGGCCGCGGGAUAAGAUGGGGACCGGCAGGUCAGCCGCCGGCAACACGGUACGGUCACGGCAGGCAAAAGAGCCUGGGUGAUGCCAUUCACAACAUACGGACAAGAGGUGGAAGCGUUGGCCAAAAUGCUCACGAGAUCGCGGAUGCGCUGCGGGCUCCCGUAUCUCCCAAGCUGAUUGUAAGUGCUCUGAGCGCAAUUCUGCCACUUCGGCUUUGUGUCCUCUGGUACACCUCGUCCGCCCUGACCAACACCUCCUCGAAAUCCAUCCUUACGGCGUUCGACAAACCAGCGACGCUCACUCUCAUCCAAUUCGCUUUCGUAGCGACCUACUGUAUCCUAUUCGCCUGGCUUGCCAACGUCUUCCCGAGCCUCAAGACUACGAUACCAGCUCUUAAGCAUGGGAUCCGCUAUCCUUCCCGCGACGUCAUCAAGACGACCAUGCCUCUUGCCGCCUUCCAGAUUUUCGGGCACUUGUUGAGUUCGACGGCGACAUCAAAGAUCCCCGUCUCGCUUGUCCACACAAUCAAGGGCCUUUCUCCCUUGUUCACGGUCCUGGCCUACCGGCUGAUCUUCAACAUUCGGUACUCAGUUAACACCUAUCUGUCGCUGGUCCCUUUGACUCUUGGAGUCAUGCUGGCUUGCUCUGGUAAGCACAACAAAUACAGCGGCGAGCUGUUGGGCAUUUUAUACGCUCUCCUUGCCACUAUCAUUUUCGUGACGCAGAACAUCUUUUCGAAGCGCCUCUUCAACGAAGCUGCCAAGGCUGAGGCUGACGGCCAAUCAGCUAGGUCGCAAAAGCUCGACAAGCUGAACUUGCUCUGCUACUCCUCGGGUAUGGCCUUCAUUUUGACGGUGCCGAUCUGGUUCUGGAGUGAGGGCACCGGUAUCAUAGGUGAUUUCCUUCAUGAUGGAGUAGUCGACUUGAACAACAAGGCGGGGUCGUUUGAUCACGGCCGCUUGACCAUCGAGUUCAUCUUCAACGGUACCUUCCACUUUGGACAAAACAUCCUUGCCUUUGUCCUCUUGUCGCUUGUUUCGCCAGUGACAUACUCCGUCGCAAGUCUGAUCAAGCGCGUAUUCGUUAUUGUCAUCGCAAUCAUCUGGUUCAGGAAUCAGACGACACCUCUCCAAGGAGUCGGCAUCUUACUGACCUUUGUUGGCCUCUAUCUCUACGACCGAACCCAUGACCGGGACAAGGCGGAUCGCAAGGCCAAGAUGAUGGAGACCAAGGAUGAGCCUCUACUGCCCCUGAACACCAAGGACGCCUUGAAUGCAAACCACAACGCGCCUGUCUUCGAGAGCCCGAUUGUCUCCGCCGGCCCCUUCCAGUCAUUUAGCAACGGACCCUCGCCUCGGAGGAGCGAAGACGCCAAGAAAUCCGACGGUCCCAGCAAUGGCCGAGCCCGUGGCGCGAGUAACGCUGCCUGGCUCGCACCGGGCACGAAGCAGGAGGACACCUGGCGGUUUGGAGACCGGUAA